AUGUCAGACAUCAUGAUCUCUGCCCUGAGAAGAUCUCGUCAAGAGACCUGGAGAACAAUACCUAGCAGGGCAGGCAACUGGGCACUGGCAUCCUGGCCCUUCGGAAGACCUCCAGUCCGAGCUGAAGAUGUUUCAAUUCUCGCCCCCUGCUUACGCCACCGCGCCCUCCAGGCCCGGGCUUCGAUUUGGGUCCGAACACGGACUGAGCGUAGGAGGAGCGUAGGCGUGGUGGCCAUCAUCUUCUUCGACGAAAUCGACGGCGCCGGCGGUGACAACGAAGUCCAGCGGACCAUGUUGGAGCUCACGACCAAGCUCGUUCAGAAGCACAGCUUAAGCGACAGCUCGAGCUUUCGACCUACUUCACCAUACCCAAACUUGAGGUCGCUCAUCGACAAUUAG